AUGGCAGGCCUGGUAUUAAAUGUUGGCAUUGGCUUAUUCAUCCUUGCCUUCAUCUGGAUCUUGGCUCUGAUAAUAUGUCUUGCUUUUUCCAAGUCCCCAACAAAAAUUGCAUCACUGGGUCCCUUUUCUAUCAUAGCUGCAAUCAUCAUUUCAAUCAUUUUGAUUUUUAUACCUCGAGAUAGUCAGUUCCCAUCACCUGAAGAACAAAGCAUGGUUUAUGAUUACAGCAUUGUUUAUCGCUCCGGCCUGAUUGCGGUUAUGGCAUUUUUUGUUGUGGUGGGUCUCGCAAUAUUUUUGGUGAACCAUGCAAUGCAGCCAGUUCAGGCCCAGCCUCUGCGCAAGUUUCUCCGGUAG